CUGAAAGUAUUUCACUGAACACUGAUCACCAUUUUACUUUGAGCACAAAGCACAGAGAUUAAUCCUUCACGAUGGAAGCUGAUCUUUCCUGUGCUGUCUGCCAUGAUCUGUAUAAAGAUCCUGUCUUACUCGACUGUGAUCACAGCUUCUGUCGAUCCUGUGUGACCCAGUACUGGGAGAAAGCUGACACUGCCUGCUGUCCUGUCUGUAGAAAGGAGACUUCCUCCAUGAGCCUGAGACCCAACCGCACUCUCUCCAACAUCGUGGAGACACUUGUAAAAGGCGGUAGAGGUGGUGAAAUUCAGCAGGAAUGCAGCCGACACAAGGAGAAACUGAAGGUUUUCUGUAAAACUGAUAAUCAGCUCAUCUGUGUGAUUUGUCAGAUUUCAAAAAGUCAUCAAAACCACGAGGUGCUGCCAGUGGAAGAAGCUGCUGAAGAGUUUAAGGAAGAACUGGAAACUUCCCUGAAGCCAAUUCAGGAGAAGAAGAAGGAAUGUGAAAGUGUCAAAAGUGACUAUGAGAAAACAUUGUCCCACAUUCAG